GAGAGGCAGCAAUAACAGGAAUAUAAACUUGGAAUGAAGAAAGUAUUUUCACUGGACUCUCCUUGCUGCUGCAUAAGCUGGCUGACAGAGCAGAGGCGGUAAGGAGAUAAUCUAAAAUGAUCAAAUAAAAAAGAACUGAACUCCUCUAUAACAAAUACCAUAACACCUUCCUGAGGACAGAGGAGGCAGUUGGAGCUGGUGAAAAAGAUCUUUUCAUUGAAUGCAGAAGGAAGCCAGACACUUGGAAGCAUGGCUGGGAAACCCAAACUGUACUAUUUCAAUGGAAGAGGCCGAAUGGAAACAAUACGGUGGCUGUUGGCAGCAGCUGGAAUCGAGUUUGAAGAACAAUUCUUUGAAACAAGGGAAGAGCUUUUAAAGUUACGGCAGGAUGGAGCCCUGCUGUUUCAACAAGUGCCCAUGGUAGAAAUUGAUGGAAUGAAGAUGGUGCAGACUAGAGCCAUUCUCAACUACAUAGCAUGGAAACACAACCUCUAUGGGAAGGACGUGAAGGAGAGAGCACUGAUUGAUAUGUAUGUGGAAGCAACAAUGGAUCUGAAUGAAAUCAUUAUGCAUCAUCCUCUCCAGCCACCGGAGGCAAAGGCAAAGCAUCUUGCCACAAUCAUUGAGAAGGCCACAACCAGGUACUUCCCUGUAUAUGAAAAGGCUUUGAAAGACCAUGGACAGGAUUUUCUUGUUGGCAACCGAUUCAGCAGGGCAGAUGUACAGCUGCUUGAAACCAUUCUAAUGGCAGAAGAGUGCAAGCCUGAUAUACUCUCCAAAUUCCCUGUCUUACAGGCUUUUAAAGCAAGGAUAAGCAACAUCCCCACAAUUAAGAAAUUCCUGCAGCCUGGCAGCCAGAGGAAACCACCGCUAGAUGUAAAAUUACUUCCAAAAGUGUUGAGCAUUUUCAACAUUGGCAAUGAAUGAUGGCUUAAAAUCAUGGCAGCUGUUUUACUGUAGUUGGGUAUUAGCUGUAAAACUGCAAAGUGAAGUUAAUUCAAAGUGUGAAAAUUAUAGUGACAAAAUCAGUUAACACAAGCUAGAAAUUGUGUAUGCAAAAAUUUCCACAGUAAAGCCAAAUAACUGUGCUAGCACAUGAAAUGGUUCACUGAAUUAUAGGCUGCGCAGAGCAAAAGGGGUGACAUUAAACCACAAGCUUUAAGAGAAUAAAAUAAAAUAAAACAUCUCAUUAC